AAAAAAAAAAAACUCUAAUCUCAUUUUUUAAUAUACCCUUUCACCUUCCCAUCUCUCUCUCUACACACAUAUACAUAUAUAUAUAUAUAUGUAUAAUCAUUAUAUCUCUCAUCAACCCAUUACCCCCUUUUCUCACCAACAUAAGUCUACCUCCCCAAAAAUGUCUACUGCUUCUUCAUCACUCCUCCAUGAUUUCCACCCAAGAAAGCUCUUAUCAGAACCAACUAACCCAGCACCAGCUCCAUCACUUUCUCACCCCUCUGCUACCACCAACUUCAAUGGAAAUGUCCUCAUGCUCCUCUCCGUCCUCGUAUGCGGCGUCGUUUGCUCCCUCUUCUUACAUUACAUCAUAAGGUGUGCCCUCCGCUGUUCUUCCUCCAUAACUUUUACAGAACCCGGUAUAAAUACCACCUCCACCAGGGUCGCUAACACUGCAGGAAUCAAGCAGAAAGCACUCAAGACUUUCCCAGUUGUAACCUACCCGCCGGAGAUGAACUUGCCGGGUCUUGACACUGAAUGUGUUAUAUGCUUGUCGGAAUACGUUGCCGGAGACAAGCUCCGACUGCUGCCCAAGUGUAACCAUGGAUUCCAUGUUCGUUGUAUCGACAAGUGGCUUAAGUCGCAUUCCUCUUGUCCAAAAUGCAGACAUUGUUUGAUUGAGACUUGUGAGAAAAUUGUUGGGUGCGAACAGAGCAGCUCCCCGCCUGAGUCGACUCAGGAAACUGUGGUGAGGAUUGUGACGGUGGAGCAGGAGAGAUUGGGGAGUGGCAACACAGAAAAUUUAGUCAAGAGUUUUGAGGUGUUUGAUUUGUUGACUGCUGAAGAGAUGGGAAACUGCAAGUGUAUAGAAAAAUAGGAAAUAUAAUUAAAUUUUCAAUGAUAAUUCAUUCUUGAUUAUCAAAUUCUAAUCCACUAACAUAUGUAUAGUCUAUGUAAAUAUCAAAGCUUAAUUAUUGGUUUUCUCAAUUUUA